AGAAAGGGCCCCUCACCCCGCGGACGGUCAGGGCCUUUCUUCAGGGCUGCCCUCCGGCCGCCUGACUGGAAAACCAGGCACUCCGCCCCCUCCUCUCCGGGUCCCCGUUCUCCCCCGGAGAAAACGACCUUUCGGCCCUGUUAGCCAGGAGCGAGGCGCAGGGCUAAGGGGCCGACGGCCACUCGGCGUCUGCGUUUUAGUCAGGCAGUGCGCCAGGCGCCUGGCUGCCAGACUACGGGAGGAAAAGUCCUCCGCUCGGCCGCACCCGUUAGAAGCGCUCUCCACUGCUGUCCUCUUCAGCUCAACAUGGUGGCCUGCCGGGCGAUUGGCAUCCUCAGCCGCUUCUCUGCUUUCAGGAUCCUCCGCUCCCGAGGUUAUAUAUGCCGCAAUUUUACAGGGUCUUCUGCUUUGCUGACCAGAACUCAUAUUAACUAUGGAGUCAAAGGGGAUGUGGCAGUUAUUCGAAUUAACUCUCCCAAUUCAAAGGUAAAUACACUGAGUAAAGAGCUGCAUUCAGAGUUCUCAGAAGUUAUGAAUGAAAUCUGGGCUAGUGAUCAAAUUAGAAGUGCCGUCAUUAUCUCAUCAAAGCCAGGCUGCUUUAUUGCAGGUGCUGAUAUCAACAUGUUAGCCGCUUACAAGACCCUUCAAGAAGUAACACAGCUAUCACAAGAAGCACAGAGAAUAGUUGAGAAACUUGAAAAGUCCACAAAGCCUAUUGUGGCUGCCAUCAAUGGAUCCUGCCUGGGAGGAGGACUUGAGCUUGCCAUUUCAUGCCAAUACAGAAUAGCAACAAAAGACAGAAAAACAGUCUUAGGUACCCCUGAAGUCUUGCUGGGGAUCUUACCAGGAGCAGGAGGCACACAAAGGCUGCCCAAAAUGGUGGGUGUGCCUGCUGCUUUGGACAUGAUGCUGACUGGUAGAAGCAUUCGUGCAGACAGGGCAAAGAAAAUGGGACUGGUUGACCAAUUGGUGGAACCCCUGGGACCAGGACUAAAACCUCCAGAGGAACGGACAAUGGAAUACCUAGAAGAAGUUGCAAUUACUUUCGCCAAAGGACUAGCUGAUAAGAAGAUCUCUCCAAAGAGAGACAAGGGAUUGGUGGAAAAAUUGACAGCGUACGCCAUGACUAUUCCAUUUGUCAGGCAACAGGUUUACAAAAAAGUGGAAGAAAAAGUGCGAAAGCAGACUAAAGGCCUUUAUCCUGCGCCUCUGAAAAUAAUUGAUGUGGUAAAGACUGGAAUUGAGCAAGGGAGUGAUGCCGGUUAUCUCUCUGAAUCUCAGAAAUUUGGAGAGCUUGUAAUGACCAAAGAAUCAAAGGCCUUGAUGGGACUCUAUCAUGGUCAGGUCCUGUGCAAGAAGAAUAAAUUUGGAGCUCCACAGAAGGAUGUUAAGCAUCUGGCUAUUCUUGGUGCAGGGCUGAUGGGAGCAGGCAUCGCCCAAGUCUCUGUGGAUAAGGGGCUAAAGACUAUACUUAAAGAUGCCACCCUCACUGCGCUAGACCGAGGACAGCAACAAGUGUUCAGAGGAUUGAAUGAUAAAGUGAAGAAGAAAGCUCUAACAUCAUUUGAAAGGGAUUCCAUCUUCAGCAACUUGACUGGGCAGCUUGAUUACCAAGGUUUUGAAAAGGCUGACAUGGUGAUUGAAGCUGUGUUUGAGGACCUUAGUCUUAAGCACAGAGUGCUAAAGGAGGUAGAAGCGGUGAUUCCAGAUCACUGUAUCUUUGCCAGUAACACAUCUGCUCUCCCAAUCAGUGAAAUUGCUGCUGUCAGCAAAAGACCUGAGAAGGUGAUUGGCAUGCACUACUUCUCUCCCGUCGACAAGAUGCAGCUGCUGGAGAUUAUCACAACCGAGAAAACUUCCAAAGACACCAGUGCUUCAGCUGUAGCAGUUGGUCUCAAGCAGGGGAAGGUCAUCAUUGUGGUUAAGGAUGGACCUGGCUUCUAUACUACCAGGUGUCUUGCGCCCAUGAUGUCUGAAGUCAUCCGAAUCCUCCAGGAAGGAGUUGACCCGAAGAAGCUGGAUUCCCUGACCACAAGCUUUGGCUUUCCCGUGGGUGCCGCCACACUGGUGGAUGAAGUUGGUGUGGAUGUAGCGAAACAUGUGGCGGAAGAUCUGGGCAAAGUCUUUGGGGAGCGGUUUGGAGGUGGAAACCCAGAACUGCUGACACAGAUGGUGUCCAAGGGCUUCCUAGGUCGCAAGUCUGGGAAGGGCUUUUACAUCUAUCAGGAGGGUGUGAAGAGGAAGGAUUUGAAUUCUGACAUGGAUAGUAUUUUAGCGAGUCUGAAGCUGCCUCCUAAGUCUGAAGUCUCAUCAGACGAAGACAUCCAGUUCCGCCUGGUGACAAGAUUUGUGAAUGAGGCAGUCAUGUGUCUGCAAGAGGGGAUCUUGGCCACACCUGCCGAGGGAGACAUUGGAGCCGUCUUUGGGCUCGGCUUCCCGCCUUGUCUUGGAGGGCCUUUCCGCUUUGUGGAUCUGUAUGGCGCCCAGAAGAUAGUGGACCGGCUCAAGAAGUAUGAAGCUGCCUAUGGAAAACAGUUCACCCCAUGCCAGCUGCUAGCUGACCACGCUAACAGCCCUAACAAGAAGUUCUACCAGUGAGCAGGCCUCAUGCCUCGCUCAGUCAGUGCACUAACCCCAGCUGCCGGAAGUGCUGGUUCUCCAGCAGAGUGGCGUCUAGAUUUAUCAGAGUAACGAGAAGAAGACAAACUCCAGCACUGGGUUUGCUCCCUGAUUAAAGUGCCUUCAGCCAAGACCAUCUCUCUCCCUCAUGGUGAAGUGUGACUGUGAAUUAGUUUGCACUUCCUGUUGGAAGGUAGAGCCCACUGUGCUCAUUAUCUAAGCCCCGAGGCCUAGAGUGGCAGCCAAGAGCCAUCUGGAGCCACCUCUCUGCCUGUUCCUCCCAAGAGGCCAGGGUGGCCGGGGUGGUGAGGGCAAUUCUGCACCCAGCCAAAUACAUAACAAUAAAAACCAAACUCUGUGUCA